AUGCAGCCGAAGCAGCGAGUGGCCAUCGUCGGUGCCGGAAUCAGCGGCCUUGUCGCAUGCAAGCACUUGAUCGAGAAAGGCUUCGACCCCAUCGUCUUCGAGGCUCACGGCACGGUUGGUGGCGUCUGGUCGCGGACCAUCGAAUCCACCAAGCUCCAGACGCCUAAGCAUCUUUACCAGUUCUCGGACUUCCCGUGGCCGGCGUCGGUGACGGAGACCUUCCCCAACCACGAACAGGUGAUGGAAUACCUCCACUCGUACGUGACCCACUUCGGGAUUUUGCCGAAGAUCAAGUUCAACUGCAAGGUGACCGGGAUCGACUUCAUCGUGGAGUUGGGAAAUGAAGAAGACAUGACUGAUUGGGAGACGUGGAGUGGUAGCGGCGGAGGCCGGCCAUUCUCCAGUGGCGGAAAGUGGAACGUCGCCGUCCAGGAUACAGUGGCGGGGUGUGCUGGUGUUGAGGUGUAUCAAGUCGAUUUUGUUAUCCUAAGCAUCGGGAUGUUCAGCGACUUACCAAGAACACCGGAGUUUCCAUUGAAAGAAGGACCUGACGUGUUUAAGGGCAAGGUUCUGCAUUCCAUGGAUUAUGCCAUGAUGAGCCAGGGUCUCGCAGCCGCAUUAACCAGAGAGAAGCGGGUCACAGUAGUUGGAUCUCAGAAAUCAGCCCUUGACAUUGCAGUGGAAGUUGCCACAAGGAACGGUAUGAAAUACCCGUGCACGCUGCUAUUCAAGACGGCACACUGGACACUUCCGGAUUACUUAGUUGCCUUCAUAUUUCGACACCUCAAUCGCUUCGCGGAAUUCAUGGUUCACAAGCCUGGUGAAGGGUUCUUCCUUUGGCUCUUGGCGGUUCUACUUUGGCCAUUGAGGGCUACGUUUUUGAAGUUGGUCGAGACCUAUCUUACUUGGAUAUAUCCGCUGAAGAAGUACAAUAUGGUCCCCAGCCACAGCCUCAUUGAACAGUUGGCGUCUCGCAUGACCCCCACCCUGCCAUCCAACUUUUAUAAUGCAGUGGAAGGAGGAAGCCUUAUUCUGAAGAGAUCGCCCAGCUUUCGCUUUUGCCAUACCGGAUUGAUCUUAGAUGGGGGCGCAAAUUCAUAUCAUCUGACAGAUGUAGUCAUCUUUGCUACGGGCUAUGAAAGUGAAGAGAAGCUCAAGAACAUUUUUUCCUCGAAUUACUUCCAGAAAUGCUUAGCCAGGUCAUCCUACCCUCUGUAUAGGGAAUGCAUUCAUCCACGGAUUCCGCAACUGGCAAUACUGGGAUAUGCAGAGAGUCCCUCCACUUUGUACACGACCGAGAUGAGAAGUAAGUGGCUCACGCAAUUUCUGGCGGGACAGUUUGAGCUACCAACAAUAAGAGAGAUGGAGGACGAGGCAAGGAAGUGGGAAACAUGUACGCGUCGCUAUGUGCAGGACAAAUAUAAAAGGUAUCGGGUCAGCGUCAUGCUGCAAAUAUACUGCAAUGAUCAGCUCUGCCGAGACAUGAGAUGCAAUCCUAGGAGGAAGAAUUCGCUGCUUGCGGAGCUAUUCGCCAGUUACGGUCCCAGUGAUUAUAAAAACUUGACUCCCGAGUCCUGACUAGUUCAUUAAUGAAGC